UGCACAUGUCCUGUCCGGGGUGAGCCCAGUGUCCCGUCUGCGCCACGAGCCUGCGCUUUUUACUGAUUCGCUCCGUGUGCCGCCCCACCUCGCACUGCGAUCAGAGACCUUUGGUCCAGUCCAGGGUCGAGCGGCCGGUCCCUCGGUGACGUCAGCGCCCGCAGUCCUUCCCAGCCCUGCAUGCGCUAACGUCACCCGCGCCGUCAGCCUUACCUGGCUGUCGCCCCUGUCCUGUCCUGUCGCGUUGCGCUCAGUUGCUUUUUUUUUUUUUUUGUUUUUCCUUCCUGCUUGUGUCGCCUCGAAGGCUGAAGAAGCAGCAGCUCUGCCGCCGGAGGUCGCGCUUCUGCCUCGGCUGAGCACGCGGAGGAGCCGGGCAGGGCUGCGGCACUCGCAGGGACGGUAGCAGGAGGCGCAGGCUCCGCUCUCUUACAGCACACGGAGCCUCACGGAGCCACAGGACCGGUUUGCCGAGCCACCACGCGCACCUGCCAUGGCUCAGGACAAAGAGAGGACGCGGCGCGCGUUACUGGAGCUGCAGCGGAGACCCGGCAACGAUACGUGCGCGGACUGCGGGGCGCCAGAUCCGGACUGGGCGUCCUUCACGCUCGGCGUGUUCAUCUGUGCCACCUGCACUGGGAUCCACCGCGGCAUCUCGCAGAUCAGCAAGGUCAAGUCGGUGCAGCUGGACGCCUGGGAGCCCGUGGAGGUGGAGUUCAUCGGCUCCACUGGAAACGAUGCUGCGAAGGCCAAGUACGAGCAGAAGGUGCCACCUUUCUACUACCGACCGACAGCCUCUGACUGCCAGGUGCUGAAGGAGCAGUGGAUUCGGGCACGCUAUGCCAGGAAGGAGUUCAUUUACACAGAGCGGCAGGAGCCAUACUCUGCAGGCUACCGAGAAGGCAUCCUGUGGAAGCGUGGCAGAGACAACGGGCAGUUCUUGAGCAGGAAGUUCAUCUUGUCGGAGCGAGAAGGUGUCCUCAAGUACUUCAACAAGCACGAAGCAAGAGAGCCCAAGGCUGUCAUGAAGAUCGAGUGCCUCAAUGCCACCUUCCAGCCGGUGAAGAUUGGGAACCCCAAUGGGCUGCAGGUCACUUACCUGAAGGACAACAGCACCAGGAACAUCUUUGUGUACCACGACGACGGCAAGGAGAUCGUCGACUGGUUCAAUGCCAUCCGAGCAGCCCGCUUCCACUAUCUCCAGGUGGCCUUCCCGGGAGCGAGUGAUGUGGACCUGGUGCCAAAGCUGACGAGGAACUACGUGAAGGAGGGCUACAUGGAGAAGACGGGCCCGAAGCACACCGAAGGCUUUAAGAAGCGGUGGUUCACCAUGGACGACAGGAGGCUCAUGUACUUUAAGGACCCCUUGGAUGCCUACGCCCGAGGCGAAGUGUUCAUCGGAAGCAAAGAGAACCAUUACUUGGUCCUGCCGGGGCUCCCGCCGUCGACCCAAGGCUACCACUGGCAGCAUGGCAUCACCAUUGUGACGCCCGACAGGAAGUUCCUGUUCACCUGUGAGACGGAAUUCGAGCAGCACCUGUGGAUCGAGGCGUUCCAGAAGGCCAUCAACAGGCCGAUGCUCCCCCAGGAGUACGCAGUGGAGGCUCACUUUAAGCACAAGCCCUGAGGGGGGUGCCGUCCCAGAAAGCGGAUCUCCAGUGCAGAGACUCCCAGCGUCCACGCCAGGUGGCCAUGAGGGGCAGCGGCAUGUUGGGUGGUCCUAGGCGGCCUUCCAUUCUGCAUUCCAAGUGACUGGGGACCCAGCUGGUGGAGCGUUGGACCAUGAGCUGCUGCACCGGUGGCCGAUGGCCCCUUCGACAGCCAUUGGGACUAAAAAAACCAAACAAGUUGGACCCUCAAUCCCCCGCUCCCGCCCAAGACCCCAACAUGUCCCCCUCGGCAUUGAGCUGUGACUGUGGCCUUCAGCACUGCCUGGCCCGUUGUCCCCUGGGCUUCGUUAUCCCUGUAGAGACUGAGACCCUCCGUCCACCUUGAGCUUGGGAGCCCUGGAUGUCUCCAGCGUGUUAUAGUGCCUCUCACGGUGCUGGUACCGGGCACCCAUGAACUGGCCCGGGGAGAUACGAGUGGCGCAUGGCUGCUGUCUGAUUGUUUGCCAGCUCUGAGCUGUCGCUGUGUCCCCUCGGUGUCCCUUGUGCUGUUUUUUAUCAACCUCCCUGAGGACAGAAUUCAUGAAAGGCUCAGUAGGUUUGUGGGUAAAUUGGCAUGCGGGGGGCUUUGUUUUUGUGGGCAGGAUGCGGGCUCCAAACCUGGCAGUGACAAAUGCUGGUAAAAAUGACCUGCUGAUCAUGAAAGGCACUAUAUAACAAUUGACUGACUCGCAUGCACUCUGCUCUAACAGACUCGUGUAGCUGUGAAGUACCCGCUGUGAAAGGCACUAUGUAAAGACUGGCACGGGGGCACAUUGGUGCUUUAUAGCACCACCUCUGGCGUCCUACUCUUAACUGGAGCUGCAGUGCCAAGUUGUGCCACUAGUAGGCAGUAUCACUGAAGGCUUCCCAGGACCCUUUGAGUUGAAAUUCAGAGGGGAUGUUUAGAGGAUGGCACGAGUGCCAAGCUGGUGUUUCUCAGCAUUAGUGGCAUGAUUGUGCUUUGAGGAAUGGAACCUCAUUGGCUAAAGCAGCAAGGAGCCACGCCGGUGUGCACUUGAACCCGGGUCUGGGAGUGCAAGUCUGCCCAUUCAGGUCAUGCUGACACUCCGGGCAUGUGAUCCCCAGAUUGGCCUCAGGGAGGCACUGUAAUGGUGGCAUGCCUUGGCUCUGCCCAUUUUCUGGUGUCUGCAGAUGGUGGUGGGCUCCUCCACCCUCAUGCUUGAAUCCUUCUGACUGUGCCAGUUCCGUCAGCUUUGAUCUCUUGUCUCCACCAAGUGUGCCCACCUCUCAGUCCAGUCAGCUCUUCAAGAGCUGCUGUUCUCUUCCUGGCAUACAAUGCCCUCUUCAGUCCGGCUGGGUGUCCACAUGGAGACCAGGCCGAUGUCCCUGUUCUGCUCUGUCUUUGUUUAGUGCCUUUCCAGGACCCAAUGCUUUAAAAAACCAAACCAAAACUACCCAUGUGUGGCACCAGUCAAUGCCAACCCAGGUUAGUCCAUCAAUGCCCCAGUUUGUGGCCUCUUACUGAAAACCAAAGCCGUGCCCACAGGGACAAUGGUGACUGCAGGGUCAGAGUUCACCUUCGUGGGCAUGUGGACCAAACUCCAUACCGGGCAGCCAGUGGGCAGAGUCUGCCAACAGGACCCGCUGGUCCUUCCCUUUUCAAUGUCGCGUGUCCUCCGGUGCAUUAAAGCGAAGAUUUCACA